UUCGCUGCUGCAUUUGCCCUGUAACUCUGGCUGGACCACUCACCUGCUGGGUAAAACGGGCAUCCCCAGAGCAUGGCGGACGAGGACCUCAUCUUCCCCAUGGAAGGUGUGCAUGGUGGCCCGGCCUCCUGGGAUGGCCACCAUGGUGACUCUGACACAGACAGUGACGAGGAAGAAGGCUGCUUUAUCUGCCCCAUCACUGAUGACCCUAGGUCCAACCAGCCUGUCAGUUCCAGGGUCAGUAACUACAGCCACCUAGCGAAAAAUGAGCAGUUUGGCUCCAGCGGGUCCCCGGCCAGCUCCUUCCACGUCAAGGAGGCCUGGAAGCAUGCGAUCGAGAAGGCCAAGCACAUGCCCGACCCCUGGGCUGAGUUCCACCUCGAGGACAUUACCAAAGAAAAUGCUACUCGCUACAGGUACAACGCUGUCACCGGGAAGUGGCAAGAAGAUGAAGUUGUGAUCAAGAUGGCGUCUGAGCCUUUUGGCCGUGGAGCCAUGAGGGAGUGCUUCAGGACGAAGAAGCUGUCCAACUUCCUGCAUGCCCAGCAGUGGAAGGGGGCAUCCAACUACGUGGCAAAGCGCUACAUUGAGACGGUGGGCAGGGACGUGUACUUUGAGGAUGUGCGUCUACAGAUGGAGGCCAAGCUCUGGGGGGAGGAAUAUAACCGGCAUAAGCCCCCAAAACAGGUGGACAUCAUGCAGAUGUGCAUCAUCGAGCUGAAGGAAAGACCAGGCAAGCCCCUCUUCCACCUGGAGCACUACAUCGAGGGAAAGUACAUCAAGUACAACUCCAAUUCGGGAUUUGUCCGUGAUGACAACGUCCGCCUGACACCACAGGCUUUCAGCCACUUCACGUUUGAGCGUUCUGGCCAUCAGCUGAUUGUGGUGGACAUUCAGGGUGUGGGUGACCUCUAUACUGAUCCGCAGAUUCACACCGAGGCGGGCACAGACUUUGGAGAUGGCAACCUAGGUGUCCGGGGCAUGGCCCUUUUCUUCUACUCUCAUGCCUGCAACCGGAUCUGCAGGAGCAUGGACCUGACUCCUUUUGACCUCUCACCACGGGAACAGGACACAGUAAAUAAGAACACCAAGCUGCUGCAGUCAGCCAAGACCAUGCUGAGAGGAACCGAGGAGAAGUGUGGCAGUCCCCGCGUGAGGACCCUCUCUGCCAGUCGGCCCCCACUGCUCCUCCGCCUCUCGGAGAACUCUGGAGAUGAGCACAUGAGUGACGUAGCCUUCGACUCUCUCUCUUCCUCUCCUUCUCCGGCCACCCCACAAAGCCAGAAACUGGACCUCUUCCAUUGGCCCGUGUUUGGUGACCCAGAUAACAUGGCUCCCAGGGACCCCGACCGUCUGCACAACCACCGGGACUCUGAGAACAGUGGGGAUAGUGGAUACCCCAGUGAGAAGAGGGGAGAGCUGGAUGACCCUGAGCCCCAAGAACACGGCUACUCGAACGGCAGUCGGAGGUCAGAGUCUGAUGAAGACAGCCUGGGCAGCGCGGGACGGGUCUGUGUGGAGAAGUGGAACCUCCUCAACCCCUCCCGCCUCCACCUGCCCAGGCCCUCGGCCGUGGCCCUGGAAGUGCAGCGGCUCAAUGCUCUGGACCUUGAAAAGAAGAUCGGGAAGUCCGUCUUGGGGAAGGUCCACCUGGCCAUGGUGCGCUACCAUGAGGGCGGGCGCUUCUGCAAGAAGGAUGAGGCGUGGGACCGUGACUCUGCUGUCUUCCACCUGGAGCAUGCAGCCGGCCUGGGCGAGCUGGAGGCCAUCGUGGGGCUGGGGCUCAUGUACUCACAGCUGCCCCACCACAUCCUGGCUGACGUCUCUCUGGAGGAAACGGAAGAGAAUAAAACAAAAGGAUUUGACUACUUACUGAAGGCAGCUGAAGCUGGUGACAGACAAUGCAUGAUCCUUGUGGCACGAGCUUUUGACACCGGCCAGAACCUCAGCCCCAACAGGGGUCUCGACUGGGUGCAGGCGCUGCGCUGGUACAACACUGCCCUGGAGACCACAGACUGCGACGAGGGCGGUGAGUUCGACGGGAUGCAGGAUGAGCCCCAAUAUGCGCUGCUGGCCCGCGAGGCCAAGAUGCUGCUCACGGGUGGCUGCGGCCUGGAGAAGGACCCACAGAGAUCAGGUGACUUGUACACCCAGGCGGCGGAGGCAGCGAUGGCAGCCAUGAAGGGCCGACUGGCGAGCCAGUACUACGAGAAGGCAGAGGAGGCCUGGGCCGAGAUGGAGGAAUAACACACCCCGAAAGUCACUGCCUGCUGGCCCAAAGCAAAGGGCUAGAAAGGACGCAAGACUCGUUUUGUUUGGGAGGGGGAAAAGUAUUUUUGCGGUGCUGUAAAUCGUGUUUUGUAUUUCAUUUUUUAAUGCUUGAAAAAGUCUUUGCUACCAGCAGAGACACUGCAGCUGUCGCAUAAGACAGUCUUUGGGGAAGUGGGGGUUGAAAACGCAGCCGAAUGAACCAACAUAUUGUUUUAAGUCUCUGUUUUGAUUUUCUCUUUUUUUAUCAGCAGAUGUAAGCAGGUGCUUCUUGGCCUCAGAUGGACAAUUUUGGGGCUUUGCUUGCCAGCUUUUCAGGCUGGACUCAGAUUUUAGGCCCUGGGAGCCCUGGGUUUCACGCGAAACGUGGAACUGCACAUUUGCUUUCCAUAGGGUGUGUUUGUCCUAACUUAGUACAAGGCCUUCUCUCCCCAAGCAUGUGGAAGUGUGCACAACAGUUUUCAGUGGACAUGAGAUUAUUCAGUACCCAGGCUCUCUUCUGCACUCGGAAGGGGCCUGCACACUGAACAUCGUCUCACGUUUUAGUUUAAUUUCUUCCCACCAUGGGACUGACUUUCUGGCAUACAGCCCAAUUCCAUUUUUUAAGCAUGCUUUUUAUCACGGGCUUUACAAAAGAGGGCUGAUUUUUGUAUGCACACAUUCUCUACCUCUGACUCCUGUAUCAGCUCUGUGGAGGAGGGCGCCCCUCAAAGCUUUUACUCACUGUCCCCCAAGCACACGUGUACGCCGCACCUCUGUGGCUGCCUCCGUGGAACGGAAGUGCCCUUGUCCAGGAUCCCUGGCUCUGUCUCACGUGAAGCUGCUCUGUAGAAUCUGCUUCCUGGCCCUUGUCCUUGACAUUUUCUGCUUGAAAUUGUGCUGUUUUUCUUGUAAUUUGUGGCAGGCUGCUUUCAGCAGUAGCCCCUUGAGAUUUUAUCGAAGAUGUUUGGGAAUGAGAGGGCGAGAACUAUAAACAUCCAUUAAUUCCAGUCGUUUCCCCAGGGCCAGGCUAUGGCUGUCUUUGCGUAAUGAUCUUUCUUUUUUUCAGAGGAGUUCAGCUGUAUCAUUAGUACACGAUUUCAGUUAUUUCAAGUAGCCAAGAAACCAGACUGUUUUGAUCAACCACAAAUACUAGAGUGGUGGCUUUCUUUGUUAAAAAUCAAACCCAGCUGGGCGUGGUGGCACAUGCCUGUAAUCCCAGCACUCAGGAG